CAUCACAUACGAACGCUCGCCGCGCUGGAAAGUAACAUUAUUAUUUGUGCUGUGCAACCACCGAUGUCCAGACACUUCAUACCGCGAAUCAGUGCCUUCGUAUGUCUUCUGAUACUGUUGUUUGUAGUGCGUUGUUUCGUAGAAUCACGAAGUAUUAACAGGAGUGGAUUAUUUCCAAGAAACUGGACAGACGGCGAAUCUUUAUCUCAUGGGGAAGCUGACGUGGACAACAUUAUUACUGAGACUCUGUCAGAUAAUGGUGGUAGAAAAGGAGCUAUGGUCCAGCCGUUUCCUAUUGAGGACCUUUACUUUCACGAUAACGAACAACAAUUUUCAAUGCACAUUCAUAAAAUGGAAGGUUCUUCCAAUUUCGUGUUCAAGAUCAACAAACUGCGAACAGUUCUCGCCGAGCGCCGCGCAGAACUGGACCUUUUGAUGGAGAAGCUACAUGUAGAAGGGUUCUACGAAUCUGAUAGAAUGUCGUAUGGAGACUACGACUCCAAAGCAUCAGGGUAUUUCAGGUUGACGUUAAAUAAUCUGACAGCUGCGGGCCUUGCAAUUCUGAAAAUAGAAAACAACUCUUCUCUGAAAGUGGAGAAAAUGAGACUAACGUACACAAGUGCUUCCAAAAGAAUACAGGUUACACAGCAGGAAAAGGAUUCCAGGCUCUCCGCUUUUAUAACCAGUGUGGCAUUCGGAAAAAUGGUGCUCAGGAAAAUAUGGCGUGGCUUAACGUAUCACUUGAAUACAAUAAUAGAGGAAAAGGUCAACCUGGCUCUCACUAAGCGACCUCUGGCACAAAUUAUUGGAAAUAAUAAAACACUGGCCAAAUAUGAGGACUACAUCGUGACGACAACAGAUGAUGCAAAUAAACUAGUGGACACCAUAAUAGAUUAUGCCAAAAAUGUAAUUCUGCAAAAAUACAGGGACAGAAUUAAAAUACCAGAUAUUCGAGAAGGUUUCGAGAAAAAGGUGUUGCUUGUCACCUGGAGGGGACAGUUUUUGGCUGACAGAGGAACUGCUCGAGGUUGUCACACAGUGGAACGUGUCGGAAGCACAACAUUUGCUAAUGACAAUUCCUCUUUCAUGCAUUUCUAUGGCACUCUCGGAUUUGAGCAUAUAGAUCUGUUCUACGAUCACUAUCAUGCACACUUCAUGGGUCUGGGUCCUUCUGGAAGCCUCAGUACCAAGUUCUUCCCACUGGAUCUCUACGUACAUUUUCACAUUGACUUCACGAACAAAAAGGUGUAUUUGGAUGACUUCAGAGUUAUGAGCGUCGGAGACCUGGAAGUGAAGCUGACGGGUUUGGGAUGGUUGGUAGACUUCUUGACGUCGAAAGUGGCCACUUGGGUCGUGGGCCUUUACCGUGACAAAAUAAUUACUGAUCUCCAACUUAAGUAUGACAAAUAUAUAUCUGACAUACUUCACACUUACGAUUUGGAUGAUAUUAUGGAGGGGAAAAUUUUAAAAUGAUCAGUGUGACAAUAUCAUGUUACGUUCUUAAUAUUUUGCCUGAACGCACUGCAUUAAUGAACAACAGAUAUCUAAAAGAAUACGGUAAGUUUAUACAGUACAAUAAUAUUAUUUAUUCACAUUCUUUGAUUGUAUUC